UGGUGCGGCGCGCGCCCCUGUUUAUUUAUAAUUCGUUUUAAGGACGAAUUACGAAACUGAAAGGGGGAAAUUGCAAAGGCGGGGGGUGGUUGGGUGCUUGGAUGAACCUUGUGUCCGGAUGGACUGCUGCGCUUCGAGUCGCUUAACGGAAGACCGGGGGUGAGAAGAGUGGAAGGAGUGAGGAGAGUUAAAGGCCUGGCACCAGGGCGAAGGGCUCGCCAUUCGACCGAGACCUGUCAAGGGUGGAUAACAGCUGCGAGCACCCGUAUAACUCCUUCUGAGGCUGCAGGGAGGUGUACAGUGUGUCACCUGAAGUUCAGGCAGGUAUAGGGUGAAGGAGAUUGCCGAUUGUAACUUUGUGAGAGCCUCCGGCCCUGUUCAGACAUGGAGCCCGAAUGCAGCUUGGAGUACUUCUCGGAGCAGGUGGCUCAGAGGGAUGUUAGUCGACGGCUACAAGUCGGACAGGAGCUGAUCGAUUACUUGGGUGAUCCCAGGAGAUCAGUGGACGUGGAUCAUGACCAAAAACGGACGCUGGAUGAUAUCGUGGACGAGCUAACGGGAUGGGUGAACUCCAGCAACUUCAAGGUUACAUUACUUGCUCUUGAUGUUAUUGCAGCACUUGUGGAUCGAAUUAAAGAUCGCUUUAAGCCCCAUUUUGGGACUGUGGUACUAGCGCUUGUAGAUCGCUUAGGUGAUACCAAAGAUCAAGUCAGAGAGCAAACACAGAAUCUUCUUAUCCGGAUAAUGGAUCAGGCUGUGUCACCCCAGUACGUUUGGGAACGAUUAACUUCAGGAUUUAAACACAAGAAUUUUCGGACACGUGAAGGAGCCUGCCUGUGCCUCAUCACUACACUAAACACUUACGGAGCACAACCAUUAACAUUAAGCAAAAUAGUACCACACAUAUGCAACCUACUUGGGGAUCCAAAUAGUCAGGUCAGGGAUACAGCUAUGAGUGCAAUGGUUGAAAUUUAUCGUCACGUUGGGGAGAAAGUACGUGCUGAUCUCAUCAAAAAGGGAGUUCCACAAGUAAGAUUGCAAACACUGUUUGGGAAGUUUGAUGAAGUGCAGAAGUCUGGGAACAUGAUUUUGUGUUUCAGCCAUGAUAAAAGCUUUGAUGAUGAGGAGUCUGUGGAUGGAAACAGACCAUCAGCCAGUUCCACGUUUAAGGUACCGGCUAAGAAAAUGGCAAGUGCAAGCGUUGGUGGGAAACGAUCAGCCUCUGCACCCGGAUCUAAAUCAGGGCCGUCAAAAGAUGGAGCACUAGAUGAAGAUGAUUUUACACGGGCAUUUAACGAUGUGCCUACUGUACAGAUUUUUUCCAAUAGAGAACUUGAAGAAACUCUCAACAAAAUAAGAGAAAUACUGUCUGACGAUAAGCAUGACUGGGAUCAGCGAGCCAACGCACUCAAGAAGAUUCGAUCACUCCUGAUUGCUGGAGCUACAGAAUAUGAUUGCUUUUUUCAACACUUAAGAUUAUUGGAAGGAGCUUUUAAAUUGUCUGCUAGAGAUCUCCGCUCACAAGUUGUCAGGGAAGCUUGCAUUACUGUAGCGCACCUAUCAACACAUUUGGGCAACAAAUUUGAUCAUAGUGCCGAAGCCAUUGUGCCUACAUUGUUUAACCUCGUCCCAAACUGUGCAAAAGUUAUGGCAACAUCUGGAGUAGCAGCAAUUAGGUGCAUCAUCCGUCACACUCACGUUCCACGGUUGAUUCCGUUAAUUACUAGCAAUUGUACUUCAAAGUCAGUGGCUGUGAGGCGACGCUGUUAUGAAUUUUUAGAUUUAUUGCUGCAGGAAUGGCAAACACAUUCCUUGGAAAGACAUGUGACUGUUCUGGUGGAGACCAUCAAGAAAGGCAUUUCCGAUGCUGACGCAGAAGCAAGACAGGAGGCUAGAAAAACUUAUUGGAGUCUUCGAAACCAUUUUCCUGCAGAAGCUGAUGCAUUGUACAACUCCCUGGAGCCUUCCUAUCAAAAAAGUUUUCAGGCUCACCUGAAGAGUUCCACAAGUGCUGCAUCUCUCCCUCAUUCGGAUCGGUCUUCUUCCAGCUCACAAGAGAGCCUUAACCGUGCCUUUCCUGCUAAGUGGUCAGUUGCAGGUGGAAGUACAUCAAGAGUCCCAAGCAGCAAGUCUGCAGCUACCCCUGGGGGUUUGCAGCGUUCUAGAAGUGACAUAGAUGUGAAUGCUGCUGCAUCUGCAAAAUCUCGGCAUGCCACUGGACACGCAGCAACAAGUCGUUUAACUGCAUCAAAUAUUCCAGCAGGAGCUUAUACUUCGUUUGAUGAUGCAUCUGACAAGGCAGAUGGUCGUAUCCGCAACAGGCAGUUACUGUCAGGAACUGCCACUGGUGCUGGUGAUGCUGCAGAUUCUAGAGGACGAAGUCGUACAAAAAUGGUGUCUCAGUCCCAACGUUUAACAUCAUCUGAAGAUAACAAAGGAAUGCAGUCUGCCAACCCAAAUGGUGCUGCCAGUCGCUCUGGUUCUCCCGGAAGAGUAUUGAGUAGUACUGCACUUUCAACUGUGAACAUUGGAACGCAGCGAGUGAUGUCCACAGGAGCUCCAGGGCAGAAGCGCAGCAAAAUACCACGUAGUCAAGGAUGCAGCAGAGAAGCAAGCCCAUCUCGAUUGACUUUAGUUCGAGGCAGCCGUAUCCCUCGACCUAGUGUGAGUCAGGGCUGCAGCAGAGACGCCAGCCGUGAAAGCAGCAGGGAUACCAGUCCUGUUCGAUCCUUUACUCCACUUGCCUCCAGACAUCACUCCAGAUCAACUGGUGCUCUGUAUACCUCAGAAACAUACUCAGCUGCAGGUGAAAAUUCGGCAGGGUCCGAUCGCUAUGGGUUUAAUCAGUCCAGUAGGCUGUCUGCGUCCGUGAGUGCCAUGCGAGUUCUCAACACCGGAUCUGAUGUGGAGGAAGCUGUUGCAGAUGCUUUGCUCCUUGGAGACGUACGGAGUAAGAAAAAGCCAGCAAGGAGAAGGUAUGAAUCAUACGGCAUAUAUUCUGAUGAUGAUGCCAACAGCGAUGCAUCCAGUGUCUGCUCUGAGCGUUCGUACAGUUCUCGAAAUGGCAGCAUCCCUACAUAUAUGCGACAGACUGAAGAUGUAGCUGAGGUCCUUAAUCGCUGUGCAAGCACCAAUUUUUCAGAAAGGAAAGAGGGUCUGCUGGGCUUGCAAAACUUGCUGAAAAACCAACGGACAUUGAGUCGUGUCGAAUUGAAAAGGUUGUGUGAAAUCUUCACAAGGAUGUUUGCGGAUCCUCACAGCAAGGUUUUCAGUAUGUUUUUGGAAACACUGGUGGACUUCAUUCAUGUUCACAAGGAAGAUCUUCAAGACUGGCUGUUUGUUUUAUUAACUCAACUACUGAAGAAAAUGGGUGCUGAUUUGCUUGGUUCCGUCCAGGCAAAGGUACAGAAAGCACUUGAUAUUGCAAGGGAGUCUUUCCCAAAUGACCUGCAGUUCAGUAUUUUAAUGAGGUUCACUGUUGAUCAGACACAGACUCCAAACUUGAAGGUUAAAGUUGCCAUUUUGAAAUACAUCGAAACGUUGACUCUACAGAUGGAUCCUGCAGAUUUUGUAAAUUCCAGUGAAACCCGUCUGGCAGUAUCAAGGAUCAUCACAUGGACAACUGAGCCAAAAAGCUCAGAUGUUAGAAAGGCAGCUCAAGCCGUUUUAAUAUGCCUGUUCCAACUCAACACUCCAGAGUUCAGCAUGCUGCUUGGAGCUCUACCAAAAACAUUCCAGGAUGGAGCCACCAAACUUCUUCAAACACAUCUUCGUAGUUUAGCCAGCACAACCCAGCAGGGGUCUGGAAGCAGUUCUAUAACACGAAGCACACCACGUUCACCUGCAGGUUGGACCAGUCCCCUCACUUCACCAACGAACACAACUCAGAAUACUGUACCACCAAGUGCUUUUAACUAUGACGCAGAGAACAUGAAUUCAGAAGAAAUAUACUGCUCUCUUCGAGGAAUGACUGAAGCAAUCCAGAACUUCAGUCUCCUUAGUCAAGAAGAAAUGAAUGAACCUUUGCGACGAGAUUCUAAAAAAGAUGAUGAUGGAGAACUGGCUAUUGGCGGAGUUAGCGAUAUUCGAGGAGGUGGUGAUGCCACUGACUCAGGACGAACUGCUCUGGACAAUAAAACAUUACUGGUGAACACCACACCCCAACGUAGUAGCUCACGAUCACGUGAUUAUAAUCCUUAUAAUUAUUCUGAUGGCACUGCUGUCAAUAAGUCUGCCUUAAAGGAAGCCAUGUUUGACGAUGAUGCUGAACAAUUUCCUGAUGAUUCUUCCUUGGACCAGUCUGAUUUGGUAGCUGAGCUGCUGAAGGAACUUUCUAAUCACAAUGAAAGAAUAGAAGAACGUAAGGCAGCGAUGUAUGAGCUCCUGAAAUCAAUUCAAGAGGAGUCGCUGGGUGUAUGGGAUGAACAUUUCAAAACUGUUUUGCUGCUGCUUCUGGAGACACUUGGAGAUAGAGAGCAUACAAUUAGAGCAUUGGCACUACGAGUUUUAAAGGAAAUUUUAAAGCACCAGCCAGAAAGAUUCAAAAAUUAUGCAGAACUUACUAUCAUAAGAACAUUGGAAGCUCACAAAGAUCCUCAAAAAGAGGUGGUAAGAGCUGCUGAAGAAGCUGCUACAGCCCUGGCUACAUCCAUCAAUCCUGAACAGUGUAUUAAAGUGCUUUGUCCUAUUAUCCAGACUGCAGAAUGUCCAAUCAACCUGGCAGCCAUUAAGAUGCAAACCAAGAUCAUAGAGAGGGUCCAUAAGGAGACUCUGAAUCAAUUGUUGCCUGAAAUUAUUCCUGGUCUGUUAAUGGGUUAUGACAAUACAGAGAGCAGUGUUCGGAAAGCCAGUGUAUUUUGCCUUGUAGCCAUCUAUUCAGUUAUUGGUGAAGAUCUUAAACCACACCUUGGUCAACUCACUGGUAGUAAGAUGAAAUUGUUAAACUUGUACAUUAAACGUGCACAAACUGGCUCCAGCACAAGUGGCUCAGCUUCAGAUCUCACUGGUCAAAGUUAGAGAUAGCAGCUUUUUAAAAUGGGUCUAAUGGGAACAGAACAACCAGUUUUUCAAGAUUAGACUCUUCUUUGGAACUUGAUUCAUCAGAGCUGUAUACAACAAAUGACUUCCCUCAGCCUGCAUGUGACUGUUGCACCAGAAUUUAUUCCAGAUCAGAGGAAACAGUAUUAGUAAAUUCAGAUAAAACUCAAAUCAAUUCUUCUCACUCAGACUCCUCUGUGUUUCUUCUAAUUAAUGUUUACCAGUGUUACAGUUAUAUAAAUAAAAUGCUAAUUAUGAUUAAAAAGGAAUGCUUUAAGCUUCAGAAAAGUGUUUUUGCUACUAAAGCAGCAUUACAAUUUCCUUUUACUUCAUAAUUUACUUCUGGUUAUGUAUCAAAAAUCAUUGGCAAAGGAUAUGUCUCCAGUAAGUCAGACCAGAACCAGAUUGAAGCAGUAACAAACUGCCUUGUUUUGGGUGCAUGCUGUCAUAACAAAACUUUAGGGAUUGUAACUUAAUGUUUGUGCAAGGGCUGGGGCUAGAAUUGUCUGGUUUUGCCAGUGUCAUUUGUCUGUUCACUGAUUUACUCUGUUGUUCGCUCAAUAAAAGUAAUGCAAGUUAAACUGAAGAAAGCGACAAGAGCUGAGCAUUCCUGAGCAGCAGCAAGUCAUCUCUGUGUCCUGUUUCUCAGUAGUAGGUUUAUGUGGAUAGGUACAAAUUGCGUGAGAUUUGUACCUUUACGAAAUGGACACGUGUCAUCAUCCCUUCUUCAAACAGGGUGCAUCGGAGUGGAGUGCUCUACACAAGCACACUCAGUAUGUAACUUGUUUCUAUUUAGUAUGUGUUUCUAAAUUUCUUGUUAAAUGAACACGUUCAUCAGGUAGAAAGUCUGCGUGGCAGGUUUUGCCUCAGCAGUAACUUUAAGUAAGUAGACAACAAUUGUGAUGAUGCUACUGACCUACUUGUCUGUGAUGGCUUUGUUUAAAUAUUCCAGGAAGCUUAACAUCAAUUGCUAAUAUAUGUAUACAGUAAAUUAAGGUCAUAAAAUAUUGACAGUGCCCAUUUGGGAAAACGAUGAAGAUGGAUCACUGUGGAGAUGUCAGCACCUUACAUUAGUGUUCUCUCUACCUCUUAUUGCAAAUUGAUAUUCUUUCAUCCUAUUAUUGUAACCUUCUGUUUUUAAAAAAAGGUCUACUACUUUUACCUGGUUGAGUAAUGACUAACAUUCAAUUAUAUAUCCUAAGUCGAUACUGGAAAUUGUUUUGUUGCCAGUUGUUCUGUGAUGGUGAUGCUCGUGGAGCUGGAUUUGUAAAGUCCAAAACUAAAGUGAAGGCAUCUGGUAAAAUUGAAUCUCACUGGGAAGGCAAAACAUGAUCAGACUGUUGUUUUGCUGCUGUUAGGGAGUUGCCUUUUUUUGUUUUAUAAAAAAUUUGUAGAAAUGUAUUUAAAGAUUUUAAGCAAAUCUGUUACUGGCUUUUUUAGCACCUACAUCAAGGAUAUAGUGUUACGUGAAUAGUAAAUUGGUUUACACUGUAUUAUUUGAUGUAUUUAUAGUUAUGUGCUUUCAAAUGUGCAUACACUGGCAAUAAACUGUAUAUAACAUUA